AUGAUGAAUAACAGUGAUCCACAUGAAGAAAAUAAGGAAUUGAGUGAAUUCUAUACGAAACUGUACAAUGCGGAUGAGAAUGCAGUUCUACCUGGUAUAGAUUACAAACUCAAUUUACAAGCAAAUCUUAAGGAUACUAAAAAGCUUGUAGAUUCGUCUCCUAAACCAUUGUUUGAAUUUGUUAACGAAGAUAUAUUCGAGAAAAGACCCACAUUUGCAAAGUUCGUUGCAUUAUUGGAUAACUACAAUCCUCAAGUUGGUGUCACUGAAAUCGUCACAGCGCAACAACAGAAAGAGGAAGAUGAAUUUAUUAAUGAAUUAUUAAAAACGGAAGUCAUGAAAAUGGCUUAUAAUUUCCUUGUCGAAAAACGAAAAGUGUCAGGAGAUAUUAAAAACUUUGGAAAAUUCUUGAAGGAUUUGUGGUUCAAGCGAUAUGGACGUAGAAGUCAUGGAGAUUCAUCCGCUUUUGAACAUGUAUUCGUUGGUGAACAUAAAAAAUCCACAAUGCUUGGCUUACAUAAUUGGAUCCAAUUUUAUCUGAAAGAAAAGAAGAAGGAAAUAAAUUAUUAUGGAUGGAAGAAAAGUACAUGUGAUAACCGACUACUCAGUCUAACUUAUAUCGAUGAGAAUAAAUAUGAAAAAUCGAUAGGAGGUAUUUUUGUCGGAUCCUCUCCAGAAUUCGAUAUUGCUGUAUACACUGUUGCUUUUGUAUUAAAUCCCAAAUCACUAACUGAUGUAAGUAUCAACGGAUGCAAAAUACGUAUAACUUGUCAUGAAUUAUCUCCCUCUAAAAUGAGUACAUGUUAUAUGGGAUGA